AUGUCAACUCCAUCUGAAGGUUCAUCAUUGAAAAGGACAAAUACAGAACAAAAUGGAAACGAUUCUAUAAAAAAAUUAAAACCCAAUGACUAUGAUGUAGCUGGAGAUACUGAAUUACAAAAUUCAAUGAAUAUACUUCAAGACCAAAAUAAUUUAGACACAAAUACGACAACAUCAACUAGUCUAGCGACUCCUAAUAUUACUACAGCAACUAAUCCAUUGACAGCUCAAAAUACAUCCAAAGUUCAACAAGAUCAAGAAAAACAAGAUACCUCAAAAUUGAAUGAUGCAAUUGCAGCAGCAGGUGUUGAUAUUCAAAAAGAAGAAGAAUUAUUAUUACAACAACAACAAUCAAGAAGAUUUGAAGGUUUUCAAGAUAGACCAGGUUUCACAACUACAUCUAAAACAUCACCAUUUUUGAAUCCAUAUCAUUUAGCUGCAUUCAUUGUUAAAAUUGCUAAAACUCGUCAAAUUAAUCAAAAUUUUUUAGAAGAUGGGGACAUGUUAAAUUUAAUAUCUGGAGCUUGUGAAAAUUGGAUUGCUCAUAUUGCAAGUAAAACUUUAAUACUAUCUCGUCAUAGAAGGAGAGGUAUAUUAACUUCGAGCUCAAAAAAAAGUAAUUCCUCAUCUUCAUCUUCUUCAUUUCAAAGAUCAGGUGUUAGUAAAGAGUUAAGAAAUAUGGCUUUAAAACAAAAAGAGAUGGAAGAGAAAAGAGUACAAAAGAGAAUAGCAUUAGGUUUAGAAAAAAGUGCUCAUGAUCCAACAAAUGAUGAAAAUGGUGAUAGUAAAGCAGGUGCAGAUGAAACUUUACAUAGAGCAGCUAAUGCAACAGCUUCGAUGAUGACAAUGGGUAAAAAGAAAUAUAGUUGGAUGAAUGCAGGAGGUGGAAAUGCUAAUAAUGCAACUGCAGAUAGUGGGAAUUCAGGUAGUAAAAGUAAACAAAGUCCUAUAAUUUCGAUAAGAGGUGAUAAUGGAUUAAGAUAUAGAGAAGUAAGAUCGGGUAAUUCAAUUGUAUUAAAAGAUUUAUUAGGUGCUAUCGAAGAUGAAAAAAAAGGAACACAACAAGCUGUAAUUAAAGGUUAUGCUAAAUUACGAGAUUGA